AUGAGCUCUACUGCUGAUUUUGUUUUUAAUCUUCGUCUACAUCUCAUCGACCUCUCUAGGAGACUAGAGCAAGAUUCGAGUGAUGAUGUGGCGGACUACGUAUUGUACCGAUUGCAACAAGUAGCUCGUCAUUUGUCGAGGAUAGCAGCUAGUGCCACUGGAAAUGUAUUUGAAGAAGUCCAGUUGUCGCUCGCUGAAAUAACGUCAGCUUUGGAAGAAGCAGAACGAAAUUGGCAGCCUGUGUCCUUUGUUGUACGUUCUACGGGAUCGGUUGGUCGUCCUAGGUUCGAAAUAAGCAAAGAUCAGCUUGAGUACUUAGUCGAAUACGAACUGAAAACUCCAGAUAUCGCCGAGGCCCUCGGUGUAAGCGUCAGUACCAUUAAAAGGCGACUGCGAGAAUUCAAUAUUUCAAUUCGAGGAACUCUGACUGAAAUGUCCGAUGAUGAUCUUGACUCUGUUGUGCGAAGUAUCCAUACAGAGUUCCCAAAUGCUGGGUACAGAAGAGUGCUGUCCCAGCUUAACUUACGCGGCAUUAAGGUGCCUCAAAGGAGAGUUCGCGAGUCCAUGCAAAGGACUGAUCCAGAUGGCGUGGCCAUGAGGUGGCUGUCAAUUACCCCAAGAGCGGUGUAUUGUGUAAGUGGCCCAUUAGCUUUAUGGCACAUCGAUGGAAACCAUAAGCUGAUCAGGUAAAUAUUUCAAGUAACUCACAGUUUCACUACGACCAACCAAGAUUGUUACAGCCUCUGGUUGGUCUAUUCCAUUUAAUAUCCACCCCCCCCCCUCCCUAUGGUUUUAUGCUCCCUUUCUGUAGUCCUUCAGACAUAAUGUUACCCUAACCUCCCAAGAAAUACCCAUAGAUGAGUGAGAAAAAUCGAAGCCCCCGAAGAAAUACCUAUGGAUGAGGUCAUGAUUUCUUUUAAAACCCUUCCUAUCAUGAAAUUACUAUGGAUGAGUUCAUCUUUUAGGGAACCCCCUCAGAAAAUGACUAAAUGACUAUGGCUGAACCUGACCGAAUCUGAGCAUAUAAGCCUUGCAGAGAGGGAAAACUUGUAAUAUGGUGAAUGUAAAUGUAAUGGAUGAGUUCGUAUUUGUUUUUUCUCCUCCAUAGAAGGGGAGAGUCUAUAUUAAAUGGAAUGGCCUGUUCGUGCAUAAAUACCAAUAAGCAGGCCCAUUUCAAAUGUUGUGCAAGUGCCGUGUUAAACUCAGGUGAUUGCGUUGUUCACCUAGAUCUUGCCUGCACUGUAGUGUACUGCCUUGUAGUACAGCGAAGCUUGCGGUGCUACAUGGCUGUAGCAUAACUUGGUGUCAAACAUUGUGCUACAGCCUUGUCAAACUCAUAUCAUAGAUUAUGACCAUGAGAUUGUGAUUACAUCUCUGAAAUUAGCACAACUUGUUUCCAAUGGUUUGACAUUGUUUACACCGACAGCUUUGAAUCUGAAAAAAUUUGGUCUGAAGCCAAGUCGUGCUACAGCUGAGCUACACAUUUACAGCUGUCGCUAAGCAUGGUAGUAUCACAAAGUUUGAAAUGGGCUCAAGUCAGACGUGUACAGUUUUACUUCUGUGGCACACUGUGAAACCUUGGGUGCUUGCCUUUUACACAAACCGCCCCAUUGAAAAUUUCACGAAUAAACUUUACACUUCUGAAGAGGACCUUGUGAGAGUAGGCCUGGAUCACUUGGCUCCAGUCAUUAGACAAAUGUUAACCCCAACAUCAGGUUUGUUUUGCCCCUAACCAUAGAAUGAGUUAAAAAGAUGAAACUCUGUUACUCUUAGUGAAAUACAGUUGAAGCACAGAAACCAGUAGGCAAUAUUCCGGUUGGUAAUUUUACUUUUUCAGAUGGAGAAUUGUCAUUCAUGGAGGAGUGGAUGGUUACACCAGAAUCCCUGUAUAUCUCAAGGCUAACACCAACAAUUCUUCUGAUACAGUCCUCGAUUUAUUUCGACAAGCCAUUCACGAGUAUGGACUUCCAUCCAGGGUUAGAUCUGACAAAGGAGGUGAAAACGUUGGAGUUUCCAUGUUUAUGCUUCAACACCCAGAGAGAGGUCCAGGUCGAGGAAGUAUGAUAGUUGGACGCAGUGUGCAUAACCAGCGGAUUGAAAGGCUUUGGAGAGAUGUCUUCGAAGGAGUUCUGUAUAUAUAUUAUCACCUUUUCUAUCAUCUAGAAGACAGUGGCUUCCUUGAUCUGACAAACCAGUCUAAUUUAUUUGCUCUUCACUUUGUAUAUUUACCGAGAAUAAACCGUCAUUUAAAUAUCUGGAAAGGGGGCUAUGUGAGACAUAGAAUCCGCACUGCUGGAAGCAGAUCGCCUAUGCAGUUGUACAUUCUUGGCCUGUUGAGAUUGAGGGGGACAGAGUUAACUGUAGCUACAGAGAUGUACGAACCAACAACAGAGGUACAUGUAUGCUCAUAUUCUUACAAUAAGUACUAUUAGAAGUUUUCAGUAGAGCCGUCCUGUAUAUGAUGAAUUGCUUGGUUAAAAUUUGGCUUGGGCAACAGAAAUCUUCAGGCCAGUUGCCCUGGUGGGCAAGUGGCUUCCACAUUCCACAUGCAUGGCAACUGCUGGGACUCUGGUGGGACUUGGUAAUAAAGAUAGAAAUUUCAAUUGAAUCAGCUUUAUCACUGAGAAGGAAUAAAGAAAAGAGACAACUACAUGUACCAGAAUUUCAAUGACAAAGAAAAUGAACACACUCUAUGACCGUAAGCACGACUCACUUUAAUUUCAUUGGACAACUACUUUUUAAAACAGGACAAGCUCUUUUUUUUUGGGGGGGGGGGUGGGGGAGCAACUGAAACUUGAACAGCAGUUGCCCUAUGGGGCAAAUUACCUUAAAAGUUAGAUUUGAACCCUGUAUUAGUCAUUAAUAUUUAUUAUUUCAUGCCCAUUCAACCAAUAAUUUACUAUUUCUCAAUAACAUUAUUAAUAAUGCCCCAUGGAGUCUCUUGUAUUCAGCUGUAUGGGUGUCAACACAACUAAAUAUUUGUUUGUUUUUAAAGGAUGAAAUUCAGGCAUAUGGAAUCGACAUAGAUGGUCCAGUUCCAGAUGACCAUGGCGAUGAUAUUAAUGUUGUGGAAGUUCCAAAUACGUUAAACCCAUUGCAGCAAACUCAUUACCAAGAGAUGUUGGCUGCAAUAGAUCCAUUGAGACCAAGUGACUGUCAUGGCAUUGACAUUUACAUGGAGGUUUUAUCCUUCAUCAUGGCACAUGUGGCCAUAUGA